CGGCGGCAUGGGGCGGGCGGCCGUGGCCCUGUGGGCGCUGGUGGCGGCCAGCGUGUGGCGGCUGGUGCCCGCGACGGCAGCGGGCGGCCCGGCAGAUGCCAAAUGGAAAGCAAUAACUGACCAAAUUAACAAAGCUGUGGAGUUCUAUAAGCCAUGUGUAAAGGAGAAUUGCAGCUGCCACCAAAGUGUCUGGAAGCAAGACCUGGCUCCUUUUCAAGGUGGCAUUUCCAAGGACAUAGUAUCAGAUGUGGUGGGCCGGAAGCUUGGAACACACUACCAAAUCGUUAAGAACAAGUUAUAUCGUGAGCAUGACUGCAUGUUCCCUGCAAGAUGCAGUGGAGUUGAGCAUUUCCUUCUGGGGAUUAUCAACCACCUCCCAGACAUGGAGAUGGUGAUCAAUGUGCGAGACUAUCCCCAAGUCCCCAAGUGGAUGAAGCCUGUUAUCCCAGUCUUCUCCUUCAGUAAGACGCCUGAGUACAAUGAUAUCAUGUAUCCUGCCUGGACAUUUUGGGAAGGAGGACCAGCUGUUUGGCCAAUUUAUCCAACAGGUUUAGGGCGCUGGGACCUCAUGAGAGAGGACCUCAAAAGAUCUGCAGAAAAAUGGCCAUGGAUGAAGAAAAUCUCCAAAGGAUAUUUCCGAGGAUCCAGAACAAGUCCUGAGAGAGACCCCCUCAUUCUGCUGUCCCGAGAAAACCCAGAACUCGUGGAUGCUGAGUACACUAAAAACCAGGCCUGGAAAUCUGAAAAGGACACCCUAGGGAAACCUCCUGCAAAGGAAAUUCCACUGGUUGAUCACUGCAAAUACAAGUACCUGUUUAAUUUCCGGGGAGUGGCUGCCAGUUUCCGGUUCAAACACCUUUUCUUGUGCGGUUCGCUUGUCUUUCAUGUUGGAGAAGAGUGGUUGGAGUUCUUCUACCCCCAGCUGAAGCCUUGGGUCCACUACAUCCCAGUCAAAUCAGACCUCUCUGAUGUCAGGGAGCUGUUGCAGUUUGUAAAGGAAAAUGAUGCCAUAGCACAAGAAAUUUCAGAGAGGGGACGCCAGUUCAUCACUGAGCACUUGCAGAUGGAGGAUGUCUCUUGCUACUGGAAGCAUCUGCUGUCUGAGUAUUCCCAAGUGUUGACUUACAAAGUGAAAAGGAGGAACAACUACAAUGAGAUUACUUCUGAACGGCUGAAAACAGAACUGUAGAGACUUCUGUGGUUUUCUUAGCAGCUCGAACUGAUCUCUGUGGAAAUCUGAAGACCAAUUUACCUUCUUUCUUGUUCUCUGAGGUUUAUUAUCCUUUACACUAAAACUACAGAGAACAGCAAUAGGUUAACUUUAAAAUUCUUCCCAUACAGUGGGACCCACUUAAGCUGUUGCCGUAAGAACACUGAGUAGAAUGUUGGAUAAUGAGUAUUUAAUGGAGUAGUUAUGCUGGUGCCUGGAAUAGUGUUGUAAGCAUUUGGGACUUUGUUACUACCUCUGUCUGUCUCAGAAUAAUCUUAAAUCCCAUCCAGUCAAUGAGGGACCUUUCUGUUAAUUUUACUGGGCAUUUUGUCAAGUCUUUUGUAAUUAUGGACAGGGCACACAAACUGUGAGCCCUGCUUAACUGGGAGAUACAUGUCCAUUUUUGGCAGAUGGGCAAUGUUUUUUCACCUGUGUGAUUGCACUUGGGUUAUUAGGUGUUCCCUGACAGAAGCAGUGACUGGGUUUUGGGGUAACCUUUUCAGAUAGCUUAAGACUUAGUUUUUUUUUUCCUGAAGUUUAUAUCUAGUUUCUAAAGCAAGGCUGUAAUGCACUGUUGAAAGGGCAAAUUCUCCUUGCACACAUAAAUGACCUACCUCAUAGGGGAGCCGGGGAUGAUGAUUUUGCCACAGUGCUAAAUCUGAGUAGUAGACAGUCAAGCAUUUGGCAACUGACAUAAAGACAGUCCAUCCUCUGACAGAUGAGCUUAUAUGGAUGCAGAUUUACACACACUGUGAAACAGAGCCCCUGAUAAGCUCUCACCAGUCCACUGGCCAGAUGUCCCAGGGCCCUUGGUAACUUAGGAAAAGUAUUUGAAGGGAUAUAUCCAGCUCUUCUUCAUUCCAGAAGUUGAGUCCUUGUUCUGCUCCCCUUCUAUAAUCCUUUCCAGUUCUUAUUUUGAGGCUGGUAACUCCACUGCUCACUUCAGCAUUUGCUUUUAUUUCUCGUAGUGAUUACCUUCCUUUUCUUAUCUCCUUCAGUCUGGUUUAGGAAUGUCUCCAAUCACUUAAUGGCAGCUACUCCUCACGUUACUCAUUUUGAGUUCAGUCGCAGUCUGUUUUCUUUAGCUAUUAAUUGAUUUAUUAAUGAAAAUUACCUGAUUUAUACCUACUGUGGGCUAAGCAGCCUCUGGCGAAUGGAGUUUCUGAAAUGCUCUGUGGUCCCUGAGUUGGGAGGGGCCUGGUAGGAAGCAGCAUGUUCCUCGGCAUCCGGAGAGAUGCAGUUCUUCCUGCUUACAAUUUGUUCAGUAACUUCAAGUUUUCUAGUGGAAAAGAGCUAGACAUUGUGCUGCCUCCUUGUGAGCCAUUUGCCCACAUGCUUUGGGAUCACUAUUUCUUCUGUGCCACAGACUGUCUGCAUCAGCAGGAUCAGAGGGGCCAAUGUCCUAAGCGUAUCCUUUGGGUAGGAACACUCACUUGUCAGUCAGGCGCAGUUCUUAGCAGUCCUGGUACAUGGCUCCCUAAGCCUGCAGAGGCCUGAUUGCAGAGAAGCAAUUGCUAAGACUAGCCUGAAACAACGCCAUGAGGCCUCUGCAUCCCAGGUGAGCACCCUUGCUUACAAAGCAGCCUCAUGUCUUAGGAAGUUGCACGUUAAUGGAAGGGAAGAGAGAACACGAGUAAUGUCUCAUAAUCUUCUCCGUAGUCAGUUUGGAUCAAAGAAAAUGCUCCAAAGAACAGUAAUGCUAAGUAAACAUAUAUAUAUGCAUACACUCACACAGAGGCCUUAGCAGCACUGCCAAGCUCUGGUACAGGGAAAUAACUGCUAGACAUAUCAGUCAAACCCUAGUUGCUGGAGCAACGUAUCAGUUUCAGGACCACUGGCUGGGUUGUGCUAGUGUACAAAGAAAACAAAUUAGGGUAUUAAAACAGUUUGGUUUCUGAGGAAAAGAACUGUAUAAGAGUGGAAGGGGUUUUCUGGUUUUGCAUGUUUAGUCAACAAGGAGAGAGCAAUCUGAGACACUGAAACAAUUAUGUAUAAUGUUUUAAACCAUUUUUAAUGAAAUGCUUUUGGAUUAAAAACAAGAAAGUUUGUCGGAUACAUCACGUUUUAGUCCAAAGAACAAUUAUAUUGUAAUAAAAGAUCAGGACAAACCACCAGCUGUU